AGCCUGUCUGUCUGCGGGCCGUCUCUCUGAGUGUGUUUUGUGUGAAGGGCUUUAACCAUAACCUGGACCCCGCCCCCCUGGGAAUACCACAUCCAGUCAUGGACUACCUGGGACUAAUUCUACCAUCAUCAUCCGGGCCCGAGAACUGAGUCCAGAAUGUCAGUGUUUCCCGCUGCUUAGACGCGUUCUCCGGGAUGUGACCGUGUGAUGGCUGCGGUCCAGUGAGCCGCAAGCACUCUGACUGUCUCACUCUCUGCAACCGACAGAUACGCGCGUUAUUCUGGGCGCUUUUACCGUUUGCGUGGUGUUCAACCGGGAUUAUCGGAACCUAUGGGGUGUACAUGAUCGUUGGCCGGAUCGGGACCUAAAACGGGUCUGUCCCGUGUACAGGAGACGAUGUGGGGAGCCGGGAGGAGGCGCGGGGCCCGGCCCUGAGGAGGCGUCCUGCGGCUGGGAGGAGCACGCCCUCCCCUGGCCCCCCCUGCAACGCUCUGGGACGCUCCUACUAAAAUGUCCCUCAGCAGCGGCCCUGCAGGCGGGAAAGGUGUGGACUCCAACGCGGUGGAGGCGUACGACAGCGGCGACGAGUGGGACAUCGGCGUGGGCAACCUCAUCAUCGACCUGGACGCCGACCUGGAGAAGGACAAGCUGGAGAUGUCCAGCGGCAAGGAGGGAGGGGGGGGCAUGGCAGGCCUCCCUGUAGCUGCUUUAGCUGACAACAUCAACUAUGUUAGCCCGGUAGCCGCCGUGCAGGCUAAAGAGAGCAAAGCCAAAUCCAAACGUAGUAAGAACUCCAAGGAAAGCGCCAAGGCCCCAGAAGGAGCCAAGAAAGAGAUUCGGGGUCGGGCCCCCGGGGACCCGCCCGGCCAGAACCCCAACCUUACAACCCCAACCAAGGGGGCCGACAAGUCUGGCAAACCCCCCCGUACCCUUCCCGCGGUGAAAAAGGACAAAGACGGGGUUUCUGGGAAAGCUAAGAAAGAGAAGAUCGAGGCGGUGACUCCGGGAGCCCUCGGCCCAGAGAAGGCGUCGGUGGCCCCCGUCCCGCCCGAGUCGGCCGUAGCCGAGCAGCUUGGCGACAUGGUGCUGGACACGGUUGGCCAACCCAUUGGCAUGACGAUGGAAGAGCCAGACAGCGGCGACUGCCGGAAUCUCAAAAAAGCGCUCUGCGUGAAGAUGGAGUCUCUUCUCUCUGCCCCUGCUCCGCCUCCUCCACCUCUUCACCUCCUCACUCCCGGCCCCAUCAGCGACAUCUCGUCUCCGUGCGAGCAGAUCAUAGUUCGCACGCGCUCGGUGGCAGUGAACACGGCGGACGCGGCGCUGGCGACGGAGCCGGAGUGCCUGGGACCCUGUGAGCCAGGCACCAGCGUCAACCUGGAGGGCAUCGUGUGGCAGGAGACGGAGGAUGGCAUGCUGGUUGUUAACGUCACCUGGAGGAACAAAACCUACGUGGGAACCCUGUUGGACUGCACCCGGCACGACUGGGCCCCCCCCAGGUUCUGCGAGUCUCCGUCCAGCGACGUGGAGAUGCGUAGCGGCCGCGGCCGGGGGAAGAGGAUGCGCCCCGGCAGCUACACGGCGCUCAACGACAACAGCAACUCCUCUGACAACCGAGGCAGCAGCGGCACGGGAAAGACCCGCGGCGCAGCUGCCGCUAAUAGCAAAGGGCGAAGAGGCAGCCAGACGGCUGGCGCCGGCGAGGACCCCAAGGCCAGCCCCUCCACCGCCAAGAGGAGGACCAAGCCCGCUUUCGACAUGGAGCCCACCUCCAGCUCCGAGGACACCAAGGCCUCCAAGCACAUGAGGACCAACUCCAGCGGGGCCACGUGUGACCCGCCGCCCGCCACGCACCCGGACCGGAGCUGCCCCUCCCCCGUGCUCAUCGACUGCCCCCACCCCAGCUGCAAAAAGAAGUACAAGCACAUCAACGGCCUCAAGUACCAUCAGGCCCGGGCCCACAACGACCACGACGUCCGGCUGGACCAGGACGCGGACAGCGAAUACGGCGACGACUCUGCCCCCCCGCACCCGGACCCCGCCUGCUGUAACGGCGCUGCCAUCUCCCCCGCCCGCUGCGCCACGCCUAAGGGCCGGGGUUUUGACGCGCCCUCGCCGGGGAGGACCACGUCCAGGCCGAAGAAGAAGGAGGCGGUGCCUGAAGGGACGGAAGGCGGCGAGGAAGCGGCAUGUUUCACGGACGAUGCAAGCAACGAUGGAAUGGACGACAGGAAGUCGAAGAAGAUGGCGCCCGGAGGCAGAGCUGACAAACUGACCCAGAAGGGCACAAAGCAGGGCCGGCCCAGCACCCCUUCGCCCUAUGCUCUGCAGGCGUCCUCCCCCGCCAUGGGCUCGGUGGUACACCCCGUCCCCAAGAGCCCCCAGCUGAAGGGCCUCCAGUCCAAACCCCCGCCUCUGGUGGACCCCGCCUCCAGCCCCACCCUCGUCAAGGACAAGAAAAAGAAGAGGAAGAGGGAGGGAGGGAAGGAAGGGGACAGUCCCAAUGGUAAGGGGGGGAGGGCGGAGGAGGGACGGAGCCCGUACUCUGACAUAUGUGACCCGUUGCUUAACGGCUCCACAGAAACCCACCAGAGCCGGCUGGCCAGCAUCAAGGCCGAGGCCGACAAGGUUUACAGCUUCUCGGACAACGCGCCCAGCCCGUCCAUCGGCGCCGCCAGCCGGAUGGAGGCGGGCCUCGGGCCUCAACCCAACCAGAACGGCGAGACCGGCAGCCCCGCCUAUUCUGACAUCUCAGACGCCGGGGAGGACGGUGAGGGCAGAGGGGAGGGGGUGAAGGUCAAAUCCGAGCCUGACUUGGGGGCUCGCGAGGGGGCCAAGAAGGCCCUGUUUCCCCCCCAGCCUUCCAGCAAGGAGUCACCAUACUACCCCAACUACGACUCCUACUACUCCCCCAACCCGAGCCCAGAAGUGCCAUCAGCAGCGCCAUCCUACGUGGGGGGAGCCCAGGUGAAGGUCGAGGAGGAGGAGGAGGAGCUGCCGCCCCCGCCGGAGGAGGUGGUCAAACUGAAGGUGGAGCCUCCGGAGGAGAGGAAGGUGGAGGCGGGGCCUCAACAGCCGUCAGUCAUCCAGCAGCGCUCCAACAUGUACGCCCAGCCUCUCUACUACAACCAGUACUUUGUCCCCCCAUACCCUUACUCUACCGACCAGGCCUACCACGCCCACCUGCUGGCCUCUAACCCCGCCUACCGCCAGCAGUGCGACGACCGGCAGCGGCUGGCUGACAAGAAGGCUGAGAGCAAAGAGUGGGAAGCCUGCGGUAAGGAGGAGUGGAAGCAGAAGGCCUUGGUGCCCUCCAACCUCUCCAGGGCCCCCAGCCUCACUGACCUGGGUGCCAUGGUGGGAAACAACCCAGCCAAGUCCAAAGAGGACCCGCUGGCCGCGGAGCAUUCCAAGUCCGUCAUCAUGGCAAAGGGAGAGGAGCAGAAGGCGCCCACCGCACAGCCUGAGGGUUUAAAGAUGAAGCUGAGCGAAGCACGGCAUCAUGGGAAAGAAGAGGCCAGGCCGGCAGUGGAGCAGGGCAGGCUGGCAGGUGUAGAGCCCGCCAUGUGGUACAGACAGGAGCCGGACUCGCGCCUCUGGCCCUACGUUUACCCCAACAAGUACUCUGAAGCCCCCAAGCCGCCGGAGGAGGAGCAGCGGUGGAAGGAGGAGCGCGACAGGAAGAGCAAGGAGGAGAGGAAGGAGGGGGGGGGUGAAGGCAGGACUCAGCUGCCCCCGGAGGAGCACCGGGUGGGGGGGAAGGAGGCGCGUCAGCCCCCCCACCCGCACGCCCACCCGCACAUGCAGUUCUCCUCCCCCAUGGCUCAGCACCACCAGGGCUACGUGCCCUACAUGCACGGCCCCUACGCCUACGGCUAUGAGCCGGGCCCCCCAGGCUACCGGGGCAUGCCCUCAGUCAUGAUGCAGAACUACCCCGGCUCCUACCUGCCGCCAGGCUACUCCUUCCCCUCGUACGGGACCAAGGAGGAGAUGGAGAAGCCCUCCCGCUCCAGCCCAACGGUGAAGCCCCCCGGGGAGGCCAAAGCUCUGGAGCUGCUGCAGCAGCACGCCAGCCAGUACAAGAGCAAGUCCCCCUCCACGCAGGAUGCCAAGCCCCCCCACGAGCGGGAGAGGGAGGGGCCCAAGUCGUCCCCCUCACAGCGCAUGCUGCCCACGCACCACCACCUGAGCUACCCUUUACUGUCGGGGCAGUACGACCUGUCCUACGCCUCAGGCCUCUCCUCCUCAGCCAUCGUUGCGAGUCAACAAGCAUCGGCUCCGUCAAUGUACCCCCCCUCGCGGAGACUGUACCCUUUGACCUAUGGACUCGACACCUUCGCCUGGGUGUCUCAGCUUCACAGGAAAAUAAAAAUACUUUGGACGGAGGAUGGACCAAUCAGAGGGCUGCAUCCCCAGACUCCUCGUGUGUGUGUGUGUGUGUGUGUGUGUGUGUGUGUGUGUGUGUGUGUGUGUGUGUGUGUGUGUGUGUGUGUGUGCGCGUUUGUGUGUGUGUAAAUACUGUACAGAGGAAUUAUUUUAAAGAGCCUGUUGGAUUUCCUACUCUUCUUUUGUCUGGUAGCCUCCGCCUGUUUUUCUACUGUUGUUGAUCUGAUAUUAAACCUGUAGCUGGUGAA